ACUAGUCUGAAAAGUUAGUUUUUCAUUUGAUCUCAACCACAUCUAAACAUGAAUUAACAUUGGAAUAAUGAUCUCAUAGCUGUAAACAUUGGGGGUAAAAAAAGAAAGAAGCUAGAGCACUGUGAUGUUGCAGAGCGAGCAACAGGCAGAUGAAAGACUGAGCUUUGAGCAGUCUUGAGCAAUGAAUAAUUCAUGAUAUGCUAAUGAAUACGUCGAGUAAGCUCAGUCAGGACUGAAAGACGAAGUAGAAUUUAGUACCCGGUCGUCGGCCUGCCAAGGGGGUCUUUACGCACUCCUUUAGUUUAUGUUUUUUUUGUGGACUCUUCAACAUCGCAAUGUCUCCAUUGGUGCCCCCUCGGUUUUUCUCCGAGAUGGAGGUAGCUCGUCAUAGCACAAAAGACUCAUGUUGGGUAUUAUUGGGGAUGAGGGUUUAUGAUGUGACGGGAUUCCUUCGAAUGCACCCGGGUGGAGAGGCUCUGAUAUUACACCGGUCAGGGAAUGAUAUCAGCCUGGAGAUGGAGGGACCCCCGCACCGGCAUUCCGAGAACGCACGGCGGUGGAUGGAACAGUACUACAUCGGAGAACUGGACAGAGACAGUAAUGCCGAUGAAACACAGACGGUGAGGGAGAGGAGGAAGACUCAGGAGCACACCGUGGACGAGGAGCCUUCACCCCUCAGCAAAUGCAGUCAAGUCGACCUGGAGACGGACCUGGUGGACUGGCGGAAGCCCCUGGCCUGGCAGGUGGGCCACCUGGGAGAGAAAUAUGACACCUGGGUGCACCAGCCAGUGGACCGGCCCAUUCGCCUGUUCGGGAACGAGUUUCUAGAGGCCAGCACUAAAACAUCCUGGUACAUGGUCCCUGCUGUGUGGAUGCCACUGGUGUUCUAUCUCUGCUGGUACUGCUACACCACCUUGGCACUGGAGACAACCAGACUGUUUGCCAGCACAGACUACUCCAUCUUGGUGCACAAGUACAGCUUUCCCCUCAUGUUCAUAAUGGGCAUGGUCAUGUGGACCUUCAUCGAAUAUUGCAUCCAUCGCUUCGUCUUCCACAUGCGCCCACCCGCCCACAACUAUUACCUCAUCACCAUUCACUUCCUGCUGCACGGACAGCAUCAUAAGUCACCCUAUGAUGGCUCCCGCCUGGUCUUUCCUCCUGGCCUGGCCUCAGUGAUGAUAGGCAGCUUCUACCUGCUGCUGACCAAGGCCUUCCCCGAGACCCUGGGGGUGUCCCUGUUUGUGGGGGGGCUGUUUGGGUACGUGGUGUACGAUAUGAUCCACUACUACCUUCACUACGGCUCCCCUCAGAGAAACUCCUACCUGUACAGCCUCAAGGCAUACCACGUCAAGCACCACUUUGAACACCAAAGAGCAGGUUUUGGAAUCAGCACCACAUUGUGGGACCAUCCGUUCAACACAGUGAUCCCUGAACAGACCUUUUAGAAGACCCAACUUCAUCUACUCUCCAAAGGGGGGCAACCUUCCCCAUCCCUCUUACACCUGACAACUUACCCCUUCAAUUACUCCAUAUACCCUGUGACCCCAGCAUGUCCCUAUAAACUACCACAAACCAGUCUGUCUGUCUGGUUCACUGCUUCGCUGCUACAGUGCUACUCUCCACUCCAAACAAAACAAAACAAAACAAAACACACUUCUCCAUAAUGUUCCACCUGCUAGUCAAAGCAGGAAGAUAUCUUUUCAGAACUGGGGGAGGGAGGGUCGGGGAUGGGGCACAUGUUUAUAUUUCUUUAUUGUUUAUACAUUUUGUUUAUAAUGGACAAAAGGAUACAAUUAAGAUUGUAUAUGACUAUGAUGCAGUAAGGAUUAACUUACAUGCAGUCCCAGGUUCUAACGGUCAACAUCCCACCAGCGACAGUAGAGAGAGACUGGAAAGUGAGAGAGGGAGUGUGAAUGUGGAAGAGAGAGGAGAAUGAGUGAUGUUUAUGAGGGUGAAAGGUGAAAGAGAUUACACUUGUCCUUAUAGAAGCUGUCCAAGUUUAUACAUUUACAUUUAAGAAAACUCAGGAAAGUCCCUUCUCUAUCCCUGGAGUGUUGAUGCUGUAGAAUGCUCUCCUCUAUUCUAGAGGUCAUGCGUUACUAAUGCUCUAACCACAGAAAAUCGCUUUUGACAGCAUAUGCUCACCGAAUCCAAUGAUGGUUAGUCUGUAGUGUCUUGCUUAAACUGGGACAUUUCCCAUUCCAUCUCUCUCAUAUACACUCUGGUUUGUUGUUGACAUGUCAAAUGAAGCUUCAGAAUUAGUUGAUGUUUUACUAGGUGGAGAGAGAUGGAGUCGGAUGUAUACAUCCUGAUUUUUGUGAGGAUGGAUGAAUUGAAGGAUGGCUGGAUACGUGCUGUUAUGGAUACAGAGACAGAACACUGAGGGCAUGAGGCCGGUCUAUCAGGUCUCCUGCUGUAGGAAGCAGCACAUGGCUAGUGUGACAGCUAAAGGAUGGGGCCGAUUAGAUUAGGUCCUCACUAUAGGUGCCCGUUAUCCUCCCUGCAUGUAGGAUGACGAUCUAGCGUCAGACUAAAGUGUAGGAGACCCUUGGUUCAGUUACGGGUCGAUCCUCAGCUGUUCUGACUACUUGUUUUAUAUCCUAAUGUUUCUAUCCUUUGUACCAUCUUCUGCAUUCUGUGCUUUUGUUCAUUCCCUAAUUCCCUUCUUGAUUUUCUUUAGUUUGAACCCUUGGGUGAAGCCACUACAGACGAGCCCAAAUACUCCUACUGUUCCUCACGAAGCCCAUGUGGUCUCAGACAGUGAUUUGAACCAUUAGUUAGGUCAUGUUAGUGAUAGUAUAUCACUACAGCUGCAGUAAGGGAAUAUUCUGGGGGCCACAGUCUCCUAUCACCUCCAAGGGGGCUUGAUUGGGGUGAUUUAUAAGAUGAGAGUAAUUCUUCAUUGCAAAAAUAUUAUGUAUAAUCCAGCAUGUACUUAACUGUAUAAAAAUUGCGGUGGGAGUGGUCUGUUUGGAACUCAGGUCAGGGGUCGGGGUUGGGUUGUGUUCACACUGUGUUCAGACAGAGAACGGUCAGCGGAGGCUCAGUAAAAUACCCAGAUUAGCAUAAAGGACUCAUAUUACAGUACUGAGAUGAUGCAUGUUCAAACCAAUAUUUGUACUCAUGCUUAUGAUAAUGAUGAUGACUUUUGUAUGAUGAACUUUUCACAUGACUUGAUAAAGAACCAACAAUUGUUGUGAGGUUAAUAAUGAUAAUAAUGAUGAAAAUAAGGAUAAUGUUGAUGAUGAUGUCCCCUUCCUCCUCCCUGCCAUGCCCCCUCCUCUUCCCUGCCCUCCCCUCAAGCUUCUGGCUGAGGAAGGUGCCACCUGUUGGGUUAAAGUAAUACUACAUAUAAAUAUUUAUAAACAACUUGUAAGCUAUAAUUCUGUCAAGUGAAACUAUCUCUGCUAAAUGAUGCAUUUAAUGAAUUUUCCAAAUCUGUUUACCAUAAUAUAUAUUUUAACUUUGUUUUUAAAUGUCUAUGCAAAUGCAGAUAUAUCUGUAAAUAAAUGCCUGUAUCUUUCUGAUGA